GCUUGACUCUCUUCUUCCAUUAUCUGCCAUGCACCCGGCCUUGGGAAACCUCGAAAUUAUAUACACGAUCUGCUCAUACACCCAACACGGGUCGCUCACUGCGCUUGCGUCCACAUGCCGCACGUUUGAGCGCCCAGCACUUAACAUCCUUUGGAGGCAUUUGCAGUCCCUGAAGCCUUUUAUCAAAUGUUUACCAAGUGACCUGUUUGGCAGUGAUCAAGGACGUAUGGUAUUACAAAAACCUCUCAACGGCGAGAUGUGGGAUACUCUUUUCAAAUACACGUCUCGUGUGCACUCAAUCGCUGUAACCCAAUCGCGCCGCCUAACGGUCAUCAUCGAGCCUCUCAGUUUGUUAAUGCUGUCUUGCCCUUUGGCACCUGCAUUCUUUUUUCCGAAUCUUCGGAAAUUGACAUGGUUUGCCGAUGGAACCCACGACGCUGCAGAGUUCUUACGCGCGGCUUUGGUACCCUCCCUAUUGGCCUUGGACCUCCAAAUUUCUUCAGCUUCUUCUGCCUUUCUCUUUGUUAUUUCGUCUCUUGGGACCUUAUGUCCUCAUCUCCAGGACAUGGCUGUAAGAAUUCAAAACCGAACUGAUGAUUCGUUUCGUAGAAUUUCACCCUUUAUCACACAACCUAUUUCCCAGCUCCACCAUCUUCACGCAUUGUCGGUAUGGGACCUAGGAAACCAAGGCGUCGAGCACGUUAUGCAUCUACAAGCCCUGAAGUCACUGUGCUUGGACUUGGGGACAUUGUCAGCUUGCGAGAGAAAGUCGCAUUUACAAUUCCCUGGCUUUCAUGAUUUGGAUUUUUUGUGCCUUUCUACCGACACUUUCAAGCGCGUCUCGAACUUCUUAAAUUCACUUCGAGUCGUCGAAAGCAAAGAGAUCCAGGUCAACUUCAACUUUCAAGCUGCGCAUUCCUCUGCAAGUGGACCUACGAUGCUAUCCCAGUUCUUCAUCAUCCUCCAAGAGAGAUGCGACAAUGACAGACUUGAAGGUUUCACACUCGUUGGAAUUUCUGGAAAGGUACAAGCAAAAACGGGCGUCCUCACGCCAUUGCAAGCAUGUCGCAAUUUAACUCGGCUGUCCGUCGAGCAGGGUUGUGACAUUUCUAUAUCUGACGAGGAGCUCUGCCAGCUGGUGAGAGAGUGGCCCAAGCUCGAGGUGCUCAAAGUUAGCAGCUAUGUUGCCGACAAUAGCACCACAAUGCCCACAUUACAUGGGUUAAUCGCAUUACUUCGGCUAUGCCCCUCUCUGACUUCGCUCGCUCUUGUCGUUGAUGCUACCAAGCUGGACGGCAUAAAUCUCAAAUGUCCCGGCGGUGGAAGAUGCAACAAGCAUCUCAAACAUCUCGCCCUCGGAAAUUCACCCGUCGGGUCCUCACUACAUGUGGCUCUCAUCUUGAGCGGCCUCUUUCCCCACCUGGAGCAGGUCAAUUUUGAUUAUGGGGAUAGAAUGCAGACAAUGAAGAAGUCAGCGAUAGAGCGACGGGAAUCAGUACAAAGCUUUCUUAGUGGUUUUAGCAUUGUAAGGGAGCGGUACACUGAAUGAUGAUGAUGUCGUCUGACUCGGA